UACGCCGAAUCUGUGAUGUAAAUCUAAUAAAAUUGAAUCUGUGUGAUACAUCAACACAACGUAUCUUUUACACUUUUAUUUUAUCUGGCGGACUUAGUCCGGCUAGAGAAACCAAGUGCCGGGUGCAUAUACUGAGAACUAUAAAUGUGUACAGUGUACAAUGUUUGCUAAACUUAUAUUGUAGGUUACGUCAUCUUUGUAUAAUGAACUGGUGAUUGAAGUGAUUUAGUUAAAGAUUAGUUUAAAUCGAAUGAAGAUAUAAUUAAUUUGAUGCCAAAAAUGGGACAACAUGUAUCCAGAACUGAUUUUGAAUGGGUAUAUACCGAAGAACCUCACGCUAGUCGAAGAAAAAUAAUUUUAGAAAAAUAUCCGCAAAUUAAGAAACUAUUUGGUUAUGAUCCAAAUUUUAAAUGGGUGGUAACAGGAAUGGUUUUGCUCCAGUUUUGUAUGAUGUACAUUCUAAAGGAUAAAUCAUGGCCAGUAAUUCUUUUAGUUGCAUAUUGUUUUGGUGGUGUUAUAAACCAUUCCCUAAUGUUAGCAAUUCAUGAAAUAUCGCACAAUUUAGCAUUUGGACAUGCUAGACCGCUACAUAAUAAACUGUUUGGAUUUUUUGCAAACCUACCCAUCGGCAUACCUAUAUCGAUAAGUUUUAAGAAGUAUCACCUUGAACAUCACCGAUAUCAAGGAGAUGAACUGAGAGAUACAGAUAUUCCGACCUACCUCGAAGCGAAGCUGUUCUGCACAACGUUCGGAAAAUUUAUUUGGGUAAUGCUGCAACCAUUUUUCUACAGUUUUCGGCCUUUAGUAACCUACCCAAAACCUCCUACAGUUUUGGAAUUAAUCAACGCAGUGAUUCAAGUAAUUUUUGAUGCACUUGUGGUCUACUGUUUUGGAGCACGCAUUCUGGGCUACUUGAUUUUCGGCUCGAUUAUGGCGAUGGGACUACACCCAGUCGCGGGGCAUUUUAUUAGUGAACAUUACAUGUUCAAAAAGGGCUACGAAACCUAUAGUUAUUACGGUCCGUUAAAUGCGAUUACAUUCAAUGUGGGAUAUCAUAAUGAGCAUCAUGAUUUUCCGGCUGUGCCUGGGUCACGUUUACCAGAGGUUAAGCGAAUAGCACCCGAAUUUUAUGAUGAUUUACCUCAGCACAGUAGUUGGACGGCGGUUCUGUACGACUUUGUUAUGGAUCCCGAUGUCGGACCGUACGCUAGGAUCAGACGUAAAACGAGAGGCUUGUCGACAUAAAUUAUACACUUUAUAUUUUUCUAUAAGUAUUGUACUGUGUAUAUUCUCACAGAUGUUGCAGUGAGUAUUUUGUAAAUAUGUACCGUGAAUGCUCUUGUUAAUGAUCUUUCACUAAAUUAUUUAAAAGA